UCCUAUUCAGCCUUUUCUUCUUAGCGUUUUCUCACAGAUUCGUUUCAUUUCUUUUGUUAAUAAUACGUUUCUUCGAUUACCAGUUGUUACUCUGCCCUGUUAAAUACUCGUCGAUUGAAGCUCGCUGGAACUCAGAUCUCCUACUCGGAUAUCCGCCGGCACUCACUCACUUCCUCGAUCCCAGAAAUGUAUAACAAUGUGGGACCACAGCCUGGGGUGCCUAGGCCUCCAACAAAUCCUCAGCCUAAUCCAUUUGGGAAUGCAUUCUAUGGAGCUGGUUCAGGGCUUAUUAAAGGUGGACUUGGCGCAUAUGGAGAGAAAAUUCUUGGAUCAAGUUCUGAAUAUGUGCAAAGCAAUAUAAGUAGGUAUUUCUCUGAUCCCCAAUAUUACUUCCAAGUGAAUGAUCAAUACGUGAGAAACAAAUUGAAGGUUGUUAUGUUUCCAUUCCUACACAGGGGGCACUGGACACGGAUAACUGAGCCAGUGGGGGGCAGACUUUCUUACAAACCCCCGAUUUAUGAUAUAAAUGCACCAGAUUUGUACAUUCCCUUCAUGGCAUUUGGUACAUAUGUUGUCCUUGCUGGCUUCUCAUUGGGACUUAGUGGAAAGUUCAGCCCAGAAGCCCUCAAUUGGCUGUUUGUGAAGGGAUUACUUGGCUGGUUUCUGCAAGUUGCAUUGCUCAAAGUAACACUUCUUUCAUUGGGCAGUGGAGAAGCACCCUUGUUAGACAUUGUAGCAUAUGCUGGGUAUACUUUCACGGGAAUGUGUUUUGCUGUCCUCGGAAAGAUCUUAUUCAAAUACUCUUACUACUUUUUGAUGCCAUGGACCUGCUUAUGCAUGGGAAUUUUCUUGGUGAAGACAAUGAAGAGGGUCCUUUUUGCAGAGGUGAGGAGUUAUGAUUCAAGUAGGCAUCAUUAUCUCUUGCUAUUCAUUGCCUUGGCUCAGUUCCCACUUUUCAUAUGGCUUGGCAACAUUACCAUUAAUUGGCUUUUCUAAACUCUUACCUAGUGUUAUUGUAAGAAACAGUAUAAUGUUUGUAGAUCUUUUGAAACUUCAUAGAAAAUUUCUGCGUUUUCGUUAAUUUUUUACAGGCUAUUAUUUUUGCAUUUUGAGUCAUGUUAGUCCACUUCCCUGUUAAUCCACAUUGAGAUUUGAAGGGUUUUAUGGUGCUUCA